AAUAUUUUAAAUAUUCCCGGAUUAAAGAUGAACGACAAUUUAGGUGUAGACGAGAUAAUUACCCCAUUCGAAAUGCAACAUCUCAUUAGCACACUUGAUAAGGUAGAUAUCGCCCUCUAUGGCUCGAAGGAAUGGCUCAAGCAUCAUGAAAAGAUUGAGAAAAUGAACAACCAAGGCCACAGAAAUGCUCUAAACGGGGAUGAGAAAGGAAUGGUCGAAGAUUUUGUUACAGGAGCUGAUUCGGGUCAAAAUCAAGUAGAAACUCUAAUUUAUGACCUUCUGGUCACAGAAGCUUGGAAGGAUAAUAUCUUCCCGCGUGUUAAAAACAGUCUUGCCAAAGGAUUCUCGCUUAAAUCUUAUAUGCUGAUGUACCAUGAAGCUACAGUGAUUAAUCUUUUGGAAAUACUUAUGUUCCACAGAGAGGCUAUCGAGGAGUGCCAGGAUAGUGUCAUCGAACUCAUAGAUUAUUGUUACAGAAAAUUCAUAUGGCUCAUGAACCUGGGAGAUUCAAAGCCAAAAGAUCAUACAGGAAAGGAACUGCUCGAUCAAUCUAGAGAAGAUGAGAUUAAAAGACAGCAUGUUGAGAUCCAAUUUUCAAUUGCGAUAAUUUGAAUUUCUAUUAUUAGGUUUAUCAGUGAUAAUCUAUCGAACCUGAACAUCCCGGUCGUCCAUCAGAUGAUGGAAGUUAAUGACAUCCCAUGUAUCCUCAUUCCUCUGCUAGAAGAGAAGCCAUGGAUUAGGACUAAUUCUAAAGGAGAAAAGGAAGUAUAUGAGGAUCAGAAGUGGCAACUCAAGAAAGACGCACAGCAAGUUCCUAAAGUCGAAGCCCAAAUUUGGCUGACUAUCUUCAGUCUUUUCAUGUGCGGGGACGCACAGAGAAAGUAUGAAGUGACAACAUUUAGAAAAUCAAACCUUUUACGUUUGAGGAAGUUUAUGAAUGAAGUUCUCAUUGAUCAGAUUCCUGUCUUGACAGAAAUGCUAAGAUCUCUAGAGGAGCUCUCCAUGAUUCAGGAGUCCACCAUUGCAUCCUCAAACCCCUUUGUAGUUCAGGUUCUCCCUGAGAUUAGAGAAGGAAUUACCAAGGGUAAGGAUUGGAAGGAAAUAGCAGAAUACCAGACGAAGCAUUACUUUGAACUCUCAGAGACAGAGACUAAAGAGGAAAUGAAGGGUAUCAUGUCCCUCUACAGCACGGAUAUGCUCGAGGACUUCCUUGAUCAACCCAAAUGCGGCCAUUGAGGUAAAGAGGCUAAGAAUAGAUGCAGUAGAUGUAAGCAUGAGUGGUACUGCAGCAGGGAUUGACAGAUGAGAGCAUGGAAAGCUCACAAGAAGUUGUGAGCCUUACUUGCUGAAAGCAUUAAGAAUGAUGAAAAUAGUACAAAGAAGGAUAAAAAGAAGCAAGAGAAAACUGAAUCUAAACCCCUGAUCCAAGAAAUUAAGAAAGAAAAUGAGCCAGUGAAAAAUUAUACUCAAGAACCACAAGAAAACUCAAAGGUAGAAGAGCCUGAGGUGGCAAAAGUAGAAGAAGUUGAGGAUUCAAAAAUAAGCGAGAAUAAGAAGCCAAUAAUAGAAGAGGUAAAAGAAUCAAAAAUCGAUGAAAUUCCAGAAUCUUCCUCUCCAGAUACGCUUCCCAGUAACACAGAAGCCAAAGAAGUUGCAAGCACUCCCAAUGAACAUGAUUCAGGGUCAGAGGCAGAAGGAGAGAUUGAUUUUGAGGAAUGUGACUAAUCUUUGCUCAUAUUAAAUUUGGAAAAGUUAAAAUUCAAACCU